UUUAAGGACACGUAGAAUCAUGCGGAUAGUUAUUUAUUUUAUUGCGAUAUCAUUAAUACUUAUUACAGAAAAAUGUCUUGUACUAGAGACUAUAAAGCUACAAGAAUAUUCUAUAGAGGAAAUCACUGUUUUGGUGAAGGACUCAUGUGUUUUAGUGGCUUCUCAACCCACGAACUUUACUCUGAUCUCAAUUCUUCAAAACCUCACAGAAAUAUUUUCCAAAGAACCAAACGUGAAAAUUGGACUACUGAGAGAGAACAGCUUCCCUGCGAACGAAAAAGAACAAAUGUUAGGAAAAAUAACGGCUUACUACGGUAAAAAUAGGGGUUUACUGAUGUUUUACCCGAAAGAAAUUUUAGACCGCAAGUGUUUACUGAAACCUCCAAAGAAGAAGCUCAAAUCUGAGGAGUAUAACGGAGACAAAACUACCUCAGCAAUUCUUGAAUUUUUGAACUCAAAAUGCGGGAAGUUUAGGACUCUUCAAGGUGGAUUACCUCCUGAAAGAAGAAUGAGGGAUUUUAUUCUGCAAAAUGUUUAUUCAAUUGGAGAAAAAUCUUUGAACAAAGAUAAGAGGAAUACUGGGAAUGGAGAAGCUGGACCUGUAAACGUCGGAUCAAUAUGUGAGAAGAUUACCAUGCCAACCCAGGAGGAAUUUAUACACCAGUAUUUGUUUAGAUCAAAACCUGUAAUUAUAAAAGGUGCGAUGGACAAAUGGCCAGCAAUGCAUAAGUGGACCAAUGAAUAUCUGACAUCAACAUUUGGCAAAAACAAAGUACGUGUAGCAUUUGCACCUAAUGCAGAGUAUGAAGGUUGUGAGAAAGCAUCAGACUUUGAGGACUUUCAAGAUUUUAAAUUUCCUGAUGGUGUUAAAGAACAACUUCCCUUUCCUGACUUAGUUGUAGUAAGGCCUGCAUUUAUGAACUUGAAGUUUGCAGAAUUUAUGAGUCUACUUGAGAAAACACAUCAGACAGGUCAAGGAGAGAAUGUAUCAGCUUACUUGGAGUAUUCUUCUAUUCCAAGUCAUCUGCCAGAACUGGAAAAAGAUGUAAUUGAGAUGCCAUUUGUGGCUGGAGUAUUGAAGAGAAGGCACUUGAAUAUUUGGUUGAGUAAUGGCAACACUUUAGGGAAGCUCCAUUUUGAUCCAUUUGACAAUUUCCUUUGUCAGAUAAGUGGAAGGAAACAGGUUUUGCUAUAUGAACCCUAUGAUAACACUCGGCUUUAUGAGGCACACAUACAAGAAGCAGAACUGGGUUACAAUCCAAACAGCAUGCAAUUCCGCAGGAAAAAAUUAAUGGACAGCACAUCUAUGGUUAUGUCACCAAUUAAUAUUCUGAAGCCUGAUUAUAAAAGGUUUCCAAAGUUCAAAGGUGUUCAGGCCAUGAAUUGUACAAUAGAUGAAGGCGAAGUACUAUUCAUGCCAUCAUUUUGGUGGCAUGAGGUACAGUCAUACCCAAAUCAAGAAAAGCCUAGAAAUGUAGCUAUUAAUUAUUGGUAUGAACCAUUUCUAACAAAGGAAUAUCCUUGUGAUUCCUGUAAGAUUGACAUCAAUCCAUUCUACCACCAUCUACUUCAUUAAACCCAUGAGGUCUACAGUGGAUGCCCUGUUUUGGGUUCAAGCCCCAUAGCUGGUCACCAAAACUAAUGUUAGCUCAUCACUUGAAAAAAUCUUCAGAAAUCUUAUUAUUAAAUGUAUUGUUUAUUAUAAUAAUGGCUUUUUUGACACUAAGCAUUCGUUUUCUAGCGUAAUAUUUUACUAAAAAUUAUUAUUCAAUACCUACAAGUGAAAGAUCACUAUAUUUUAAAAAAAUUAUGAAAAAACAUGUAUACUUAAAAAAAUAUCAAAAUAAAUUAUGAAUUAAAAUGUUUCUUCGCUGUACAAACAUAUAUAAUUACUAAAAAUAGUUUUUGAUAUCACGGAACUGAAUCUGAAAUUUUAAAAAAAUCCAAACAAUUAUGUACAAUAUUAUCGGUCAAAAAUGUCUUUGUUAUUUUUGGCGAUCGUGAGUAACACCACAGUGUUUGACUUGAUGUUCUUUGGUAACAAGAAAUAAGAACUGACUAUAGCCUUUGCUGCUAUUGAAGAGCUAGCCCAGAUAUGCAGUAUUUGUUUAUGCCAUUUCUCCAGCGUGUUCCGUGUAGAAUUCUCUACUCCAUUAAGCUUCUUGUUCAAUAAAUAUUCAGCAUCUUCCAAAGUAAA